GCGCACGAUCUCGAGGAGGCAACGCAGAUGCCGGACUUGGACAACAGCACCAACGCCUCGGGUCGCCACGGCUUCGGCCAGCUGGGCGCAAACCUCGAGUUUCUGAUGCUGAAGGUGGCCCAGUUGGAGACGAUCGUAGAGCUCCAGCAGAUCGAGAUCCACAGCCUGAACGAGUGGAAGCGCGGUCAAACCGGUGGCCAGGCCGCGGCUUCCGAGGCCGAAACGAAAGCCAGGGAAGUGGCGGGAACGCAAAAGGCCACUGAGGUCUUGAAGAAGGUCCUCCACAAGCACAACCACCAAAGGGACAGGCGCGAGUUUUCUUCGCACCAGCAAAAGCGCGGCAGUGAAGAACAGCGGAAGCCCAAAGAGGACGAGGCAAGCCGGAGCAGUGCGGAUGAAGGCCCGGCUACUGCAGCGCCGGGCGAAGACGUCUAA